CUAGAGUGGAGCUCCACUCUGCAGUUGGACUCUUCUCGUAUCUCUUGCUUCGUUAAAUUACAUAAAGCGCACACUUGCAAGAUCCGGGUCAGGUCUGUCUCAUCAGGAGCUGGGUUUAAGGAAACAUUUUCUGAAGAAACAUGUUGCUGAAUCCAGUCAUUUCUAAGUUGGCCGGGAAACGAGUAGUGCUGGCAAGUGCAUCUCCACGAAGACAAGAUAUUCUUUCAAAUGUGGGGCUUCGGUUUGAGGUAGUUCCAUCUUGGUUCAAAGAAACCCUUGAUAAAACAAUGUUCUCAGCUCCCCAUGAUUAUGCCGUGGAAACUGCUAAACAAAAAGCCCUUGAAGUGGCAAGGAGAAUGCAUGUGAAACACCUUAAAACUCCGGAUAUUGUCAUUGGAGCUGACACUAUUGUGACUUUAGGAGAUUUAAUCCUUGAAAAGCCAGUUGAUAAAGAAGAUGCAUAUAAUAUGCUAUCAAGGUUAAGCGGCAAAGAGCACAGUGUCUUUACAGGAGUUGCAAUUGUUCAUUGCAAGAGCCAAGAAGCUUUGGAUCAUGAGCUAGAGACUGUUGUUACUGAUUUUUAUGAAGAAACCAAGGUCAAGUUUGCUGACUUAUCAGAGGACCUCCUGUGGGAAUAUGUAGACAGUGGAGAACCAAUGGAUAAGGCAGGUGGAUAUGGCAUUCAGUCCCUUGGCGGAAUGUUAGUUGAACGUGUACAUGGAGAUUUCCUAAAUGUUGUAGGCUUUCCAUUGAAUCACUUCUGCAAAAAACUGGCAGAGAUCUACUACCCACCAUCACAACACACCAUUACCCGGGUGAAGCAUGAUUCCAUUCCUUACGUUGAAAGUUUUGAGAAUCUGAGUGAUGAGGAAAAACAAUGUCCUUCAAAAAGUAAGAUAAUCGAGAAGAAAGUAUAUAAGAAGAAAGAUUCAUCUAGUACCAGUAUAACAGGAUCAUCUCCGCCUGAUCCUACAGUGCUUCAAAAUGGACUAUCAGAGAAAUCUAUCAAGGGUGUUCAGCCUCCUUCCAAAAUUCUUCAACUUCUGGAUGGCUUUAAAGCAUCUAAGACCUUGUUUGUAGCGUCCAAAUUGAAGGUCUUUGAUGAGAUAAAAGAUAAAGGUGCCCUGACGGCUGCAGAAAUUGCAGAAAAGAUUAAUGCGUCUCUGUGUGGAACUGAAAGGCUUCUUGAUGCUUGUGUUGCCCUUGGCCUGUUGGAUAAAACUCAUCAAGUAUAUCAUAAUACACAGUUGGCAAAUGCAUAUUUGGUUUCUGAUGCGGACUUGUCCAUGCAUGCCUACAUCCUUCAUUCCGAUGACAAUGUUUGGCCACAUUUCACACAUCUGGAAUCUGCAGUGAAAGAAGGAAAAAAUCAGCACCAUAGAGCCAUUGGUACAAAAACAGAUAAUGUGUUUCAGAAUGCUUAUUACCACAAUCCAGAGGUUAAGGAACGGUUUAUGGCUGCUAUGCACUGCAUGCUUAAGAUUACUGCAAGAGAUAUUGCAACUGCGUUUGACCUUUCCAAAUAUAAUUCUGCCUGUGAUUUAGGUGGUUGCACAGGAGCACUUGCCCAUGAGUUGGUUCAGGUAUACCCAAAUAUGGAAGUGACUGUCCUGGACUUUCCUGAGGUUAUCCAAAAUAUUUCUAAUUUUCAACCUCAGGGAUUGGAGUCCUCGCGUCUGAAAUAUACACCAGGAAACUUUUUAAAAGAUAAUCUUCCCAGGGCUGACCUUUACAUACUGUCUAGAAUUGUACAUGAUUUACCGGAGGGGAAACUAAACUGUUUGCUGGAAAAAAUAUCACAAGUCUGCAAUCCAGGACAUGGAGCCUUACUUUUGGCUGAAAUAGUUCUUGAUGAAGAAAAAAAGGAACCAAGAGCUAUACUUCAGUCUCUCAGCAUGGGUGAAGGAAAACAGAGAAGUGGAUCAGAAUACAGGAAUCUCCUAGAACAUCAUGGAUUUAACAAUGUGCAAGUCAGAGUAACAAGCAACUUAUUAGAUACAAUUCUCGCUUUGAAAAGAUAAUUUUGCUUUAAAAAAUAUUUUGUACUGUAUUUUAAAUAAACUUUUCACAACCCUAA